AAUGGAAAUAUUAAAAUAAUGCUUAAGUAAUCCUAUGAGUUCUCAAUCCAAAUCAGUUUCUUCGAGCGUAGAUUAAUUUUAUAAAAUCAAAGCAUAAUAAGGUUUUGUAUUAUGUGAUUCUCUUCAUCCAAUUCUAGAUCGUUGUAGCACUCGAUCAAGAUUUGAUAAACUAGUUACAAAUGUUAAAAUUACUGCAAGAAACCAAAAACCAGUUACAUAAGCUUGGAAUUCAUAAAAAAUAUCAAUGGAUAUCAUAGAUUCAAAUUUUUUUAGUUCUUAACCUACAGUACUAUACAUAUGA